AUGGGUGUACAAGUGAAAUUUAAAGCAGAUGGAUCAAUAGAAAGGUAUAAGGCUAGUUUGGUAGUGAGGGGUGACACACAAACUGUUGGGAUAGAUUAUAAUGAUACCUUUUCACUAGUGGUCAAAAUAACCACUGUGAAGUACCUCAUUGCAGUUGCCGUAAAGAACCAAUGUCCAUUAUUCCAAUUUGAUGUCAAUAAUGCCUUCCUCCAUGGGGACUUGGAUGAAGAAGUGUACAUGAAAUUUCCCCAAGAUGAUAUCAUACUUACUGGGGAUGAUGUUUCAGAAAUUUCAGCUUUGAAAUCUUACCUUGAUGACCAAUUUAGAAUGAAAGAUUUGGGACAGCUAAACUAUUUUCUGGGUAUUGAGGUUAUUUCCACUCAUUCUAGUCUUUUACUAAAUCAAAGGAAAUUUAUAAUGGAUCUCUUAUCUGAACACAAUUGCACUGAUGUGUCUCCUCUUGUUUCUCCUAUUGAGUUGAAUUUGAAAUUAAAAGUUGAUGAUAGGUUAUUACUUUCUAAUCUAGAGAAGUAUAGAAGCCUUGUUGGGAAGUUUAAUUUUCUUACUCAUACUAGACCUCACUUGAGCUUUCUUGUACAACAUCUCAGACAGUUACUUCAGGCUCCUCGGGUUCCUCAUUUAGCUGCAACAUUACAUUUAUUGCGUUAUCUUAAGGGUACAGUUGAUUAUGGCAUUCUAAUCAAUAAUUCUUCCGAUUUUACCUUGCAAGGUCCUAUAUCUUGGAAGUUAAAAAAGCAACCAGUGGUCUCCCUUAGUAGUGCUGAAGUUGAGUAUCGUUCUCUAAAUAAAUUGGUGGCAGAAUUGACUUGGUUGACUCGCUUAUUAGAUGAUCUGGGCGUUGAAAGGGUGGCUAAUGUGUCUAUUUUCUAUGAUAAUCACUCUGCUUUACACUUUGCUCGUAAUCCUGUCUUCCACGAACGCACCAAACAUAUCGAAGUUGAUUGCCACUUUUUACGAGGGAAGUUAUCUGAAAGCUUGAUUGAUUUGCAUCCUUUUAGCAGCUCCAAUCAACUGGCAGACAUCUUAACUAAGCCUCUGACUGGGAUAGCUCACCAUGGUUUUCUCUCCAAGUUGAAGGUGCUUCCCCCCUCCAACUAG